UUAACACGAAACUGAGUGAAGCUACAGGAGUUAAAGCAGACCCCCGAACAGCGCCUGUGUCGGUCAGGAGAAGGUGGUCUCAUUUAAACUGUCAUGCCUGUGGUGGCCCUGUAUCCCUGUGAGGACCCCGCCGUGUGGAGAGCCGUCUAUGGGAAGUACUGGGCGGUGGUGGAAGCAAAGGCUGCUGGGAAAGGAAAGAGCGGGAAGAAGUUGCUGGAUUUGGAUAAAUGGUUUCAGGAGGAGCUCCCUGUAGUUAUCUCCCAAAGACCAGAACGCUUCCUCAACCAAUCAGAACUCGUCAAAGUCAUGGAGUGGAAACUGACUAGGGGGAAGUUCCGCCCAAGGCUACAGCAACUGGUUGGCUCUAACAGUGAGGAGGCAGUGCACAGCUCCACCAGUAAAGCUUUCAGGCUGCUGCCUGAUGUCCAGUCAGCAAUCACAGAGCUUAGCACACUCAAAGGACUGGGACCAGCUACAGCCUCCGCGGUGUUGUCUGCAGGGGCCCCAGACCAGGCUGUGUUUAUGGCUGAUGAAGCAGUUGAGAGCAUUGCUGAGCUGAGACCAGUUCAGUACACAGCCAAACAUUACAACCUUUUCCUACAGAAAGUGCAACAAAAAACACACCAACUCAACCAAGUGGACAGCCAGUCAGACUGGACUCCUCACAGGGUGGGCCUUUGUCUCUGGGCAUGGGCAGUAGCCAAUCAGCUUCAGCCUUCCCUCCUGCAGGACUUGGACUUUACCAGUGUGACCAAUGAGAAGCCAGUCGAGAGCACGCCAGCCACUGAGCAGCCAGCUAAGAGACAGAAGACAGCAUAACAGUCUCCUAUGACUGACAGAUGUCUGUCUACAUGCUGUUAUUUCAGUCUACCUAUGAGUCUGCCGUUAAAGGCCUGAACUCUCUCACACAC